AUGACUCUCCUAAAAGACAUCGCCGGAGUUGGGAGCUGCUUCAAUCAGAAGCUUCUCCUAACUGUGACUGUCCUCGCUGUCUCUCAGUUUAACUUUGGGAUGGAGAAUCGAGCAUUUGACGCCAUCCAGGCCAUGGACUAUUUCAUCCAACACUUCGGCGAGACGGGUCCAAAUGGGAAGAAGAUUAUCAAAUCCACGUGGCUGUCUCUUUUUAAUGGCUUUGGAGUUGUCGGUUUCGCUGUUGGUGUUAUUGUUGGAAAGCAGCUCGUCAGUCGACUUGGACGCCGCGCCACGGUCCAAUUCAUGUGUGUUUGGACCAUUAUCUGCACUACCAUACUCAUGACCUCGCGAAAUCGACACCAGAUGAUGGCUGGCCGAGCUCUCAACUACCUCUACAUGGGGAUGGAACUGGCAGUUAUCCCGCUAUACCAAGCCGAGAUCACACCACUCCGCGCUCGCGGCGCCAUGGUCGCGACAUACAAUACCUCCCUUGCGCUGGGUAUGCUAGUGAUGUCAAGCAUCUGCCGUGGCACUAGCUCUAUCCGUGGUAAAGCGAGCUACUUGAUUCCUCUCGGUCUCUUCUACCUCGUCCCGGUUAUUGUUCUGUCCUUUUCGUUCUUCAUCCCUGAGUCCCCACGGUGGCUGGUUCUCCAUGAUAGGCACGAAGAAGCCUUCGAGGUUUUGAAGAGCAUCCGGGCGGGCAAGUUCACCGAGGAGGAGAUCCAGGAGGAGUUUGCAGCCAUCCGAGCCAUCCGGGAAAUAGACAGCAGCAACGAUGCUCCCGCGGAGAAUUUCUGGAACCGCUGGAUUCGAAUCUUUAAUAGCAGGCAUAUGAAGCGGACUGUCAUCGUUCUGGGGACCAACUUCUUCCUCCACGGAACUGGUAAUGCAUUCUCGACGAAGUACGGAACCAUUUUCUUCAAGUCUAUCGGAACCGUCAACCCCUUCACCCUCACCACAAUCAAUACCGUUCUCACUGUCAUCACAUCCAUCGUAACCCUAUUCCUCGUCGACAGCCUAGGCCGUCGUCCUCUACUACUAAGCGGAUCAUUUGUACAAGCCGCUGCGCUUUUAACUAUGGGUGGCCUGGGCAUGGCCAAGCGUACCACCGCCGUCAGCGGGGCCAUCAUUGCUACGAAGAUGAUCUUCACUGUCGGGUACACCGCUGCGUGGGGUCAGCUCUCCCAUACCAUCACAGCGGAGGUCCCUGCCGCUGAAGUUCGUGAUACGACGUAUGCUACGGGUUCCUUCCUCGCCGUGGCAACGCAAGCAGCCGUGACGUUCUCGCUACCUUAUUUACUGGACGAACCUUACGCUGGUUUGGGACCAAAGGUCGGCUUUAUAUUUGGUGGCUUGACGGCCAUCUCAGUCCUUUUUGCCUUCUUCUUCAUUCCAGAAUGCAAGGGCAAGAGCUUGGAAGAAAUCGACGUUCUUUUCAACAACAACGUUCCGGUGAGGAAGUUCCAGGAUACGAAGCUGGUUGUCGAGAGUUCUGGAAAAGAGGGCGGCUCGGCUGUAGAGAUUGAGUUGGUUGAGGAGUCAAAGCGUCGGUCGACCAAAUGUUAG